AUGCUUGCAAUGCGUUUUCGAGCCCCUCGACUGCUGAGUCGGGGUAUGGCCACAGUUUCUUCAGCAACAAAAGCUGCUUCAUCUCCUGGUCUUCACUGGCCGGCUGUGGUUCGCCCCAGUGCCAGUGAGAUCAAGAAUUCUAGACUCGACGAGCGUAGUCUGGAAAAAGCAGUGCGGCACAUCCAUCAAGAUGGUCUUGUAGUGAUUGAAGAUGUCGUGCCUCACGAAGACAUUGAUCAGCUCAACACCAAGAUGGUAGAAGAUGCCCGCGUGCUCCAAAAUAUGGGAGACAAGGGACCAUUUAACUACAACCAAGGAAAUUUACAGCAAGAUGCGCCUCCUGUUGCGGAGUUUUUCUACCCAUCAAUAUUCACAAACCCUAUUGCGACACAGAUUACUUCAGCCGUCCUUGGGCCUCGGCCAAAGUGGACAUUCUGCUCUGCCAACGCAGCCAUGCCUCCUCUCCCGGGCGCAUCUCCUCAGCGCCAACCAGUGCACUCAGAUGCUGACUUUGCGCAUCCUUCGCAUCCUUUCGCCCUUGUCGUCAAUGUCCCACUAGUAACUAUGACCCCGGAAAACGGUUCAACUGAGCUCUGGCUCGGAACACACCAGACUGACAUUACCUUUCAAGAAGGCGCACAUGGAGAGCGAGCAAGUGGUCGCAUUAAGGAGAAUCACCUGCGUGAUCGAGAGGCGAUUCGCCCGCCGGUCCAACCCAUCGUGAAGAAGGGUUCAAUCGUGUUGCGAGACCUUAGGUUAUGGCAUGCUGGUAUGCCGAACCCCUCUGACCAAGUCCGGAUUAUGCUGGCCAUGAUCCAUUUUGCUCCAUGGUAUAGGAAUACUAUGAAGCUGGAAUUUGGAGACAAUUUGAAACCCGUUCUGGAGAAGCUUGACCAACAGGGCCAGCUAGGGCUGGAUAUUCCAGUGGAUUGGGUUAGUCGUGAAGAGGCCAUGCAAGGCUAUCUGAAUCGCGGCUUCGGGAACAGUUAUGACUUUAAUCAGACUCCUUGA